CUUUAGGGGGGGGGGGGGUUCGUACCAAGGCGGCCGCGUUUUCCUCCUCCCUCAGCCUUAGGACAAGUAGACAAACAACUAAAAAAAAGAGGAAAAGGACAACAGCGAAAUUGCACUUUUCCAGAAGACUCAAAGGCUCAUAGGGGUGAAAGACCAGGACAUCGCUUUGUUCGCCAGACGCAGCUGAGCAGUCGAACAGUUCUCAGUGUCCAUUCAUUUGUGCAGCUCAAUCAAUCGAACUUGCUGUGUGUGUUGCGUGGAAUUUGUUUAUCAGUAGGGCCCCCAUCUUCCACUUUACAGUUUGGGUGGGAUUUUUCACGGGUUUUUGGGUUAUCGGAGUAACCACGGCGGUUGAGCUGGGCGGUUGAGCUAGGCGGUUGAGCUAGGCAGAGAGCACAAACAGCCAGUGCGGUAAACACGCUGAGCACGCUGAGCAGGAGAGCAAAGGGCGAGAAAGGGUAGCAGAACAGAGCGCUGUGUGUCACGAUGGAUGUCGUCGCACCGAGUCACGUGGAGACUGAUGUUUCCAACAGGACAUCUGUGCAGUCGGAGGCCUCAGAGUUCUCGUUCGAGAAGGGCAAGGAGGAGUCCAUACAGUAUCAACAUCAACAUCAACAACAGCAGUACCCUCGGAUGGCGACGUCUGCGUCGCUGCCAACGAUCUCGAGUGCCUCUGGAGGAGGUGGGGCGGGUCAUGUGGCCAAUGACAGGGCGGCAAGCCCGACAAAGUCAUAUGGCACGGAUAUGGAGAGGUUAGUGAGACGUAAUGGCGACUUGGAGAAGAGACUCAGCGAGCAAACAACGCUCAUCAGCUCUAUGAGCUCGCACAUCGAGCAGCUGGAACAGAUACUACGCUCUAACAACAUCAAGUUCAAAGCGCUUGUUGAUCCGAGGUCGAGGGCGUCUUCAGUAUCCCGGCAUUUGAUAGCCGCUGACGGUGAUGCUGGUGAAGCCAGUAGCACCAGUGAGACGCCUGUGCAUACGAAGACGCUGGAGUCGUUGCAACUGCCACCACGGUCAGCUGAAAGGCUAAAGACGAGCCCUCUUAAGAACGAUUCGAACUCAGAUGAGCCAUCACAAGGCCAAAUACAGAAGCAACACGUGAGUGAAGUUGAUGAGGAGUCCAGUGGAGCUCCAAGCCCUACAAAGGACAUUAAUGGAUACGGAGCAAUAACGCCGAAUGGGGUGAGCUCUCCGCUAGAGUCAAAGACUCAAGUGGAUUGGAAUGCAACGAUUGCUGCUUUGAGAUAUUCGCCUGAAGAGGACGAGGAACAACACCCGUCUCCGGUCUCGAGAGCACCAUCUGGGGCCUCCACAUCUGUGCCUAACUCAGCAUCACCGUACUCUGGACGAAUUGCACACCCGUCACCUACAAAGGUUGACAGUGGUGCAACGGCGAAUGGAAAGGUGGAUCGACCACCAUUACGUGCACUUGAAACAGAUAGAUCGGACUCUACAGGCACCUCGACGUUGGCUGUCAACACUCCCAAGUCUACGACGCCUUUGAGUCCUCUGAGAAUGCCGGUGCAGGGAUCGAUGAGACGCAACACUGUGACAUCCCCAGGAUUGGUGCACGGGGAACUGCUUGGUGAAAACAUGAGUAAGACAUCGACUCAUUCAAACAAUGUGUAUGAUUCACUUGGUGGUGAUUAUCAGAAUGGAUUCCAAGGUCACAGAGUGGCACAUUCACACUCCUACUCAACACCACAGACACCAAUAUCGACACAUAGCUACCCGGAGAAGCAGAUAACUUUCCCAAAUGACGUUCCUCUAUUUGUUGAACCGACACAGUUGAACACGGUAAGACCAGAGGUGAUAUCCACGGUGAAUGGUAACCCUUCAAAGAAGACAGAUGAUCCAAUGCUGGUCAUUGCCGUACUAGAUAGACAGACUGGAAAGGAAAUGUGGCGAUUUAAAAAGACUUAUUCACAAUUGUGUCAACUGGAUAAUACUAUUCAACCAAUGAUUAAUGCAUUUUCGUUGGCUCCGUUACCAGAGAAGACAGCAUUCUUGACAAAUAUUCCUUCCAAAGUUGAUUUGAGAAGACAGGCAUUGCGUGAUUAUCUUGCUACACUUUUCUUAAUCCCAAACAUGCCUUUGACUGCUGCAUAUCAAAUCGCAAGAUUUAUAUCUCUGGACGUUGUAAAUCUUCUGGAUGAAUCUAACAUCGAGGCAUUGAAGGAGGGCUGGCUGAUACGCCGUGUGAAGGGAAUAGGAAACAAUUGGAAGGCAAGAUAUUGUGUUGUCGAAGGAAAUUCUGUCCAAGUGCUUGAAACGCCCCAGGGUCCAUUGCUGGAGAUUAUAGGAAUUGCCGGUUGUCAAAUUGGAAGACAGCCUGAUGGUAAGCCUGGUGAUGAUAAAUCCGCAUAUCGUCAUUCAUUUGCCAUAAUGGAUCCAAAGAAAUCCGCUAAAAACCCAGCAAAACACAUAUUCUGCGCCGAGACUAACGAUGAAAGGGAUGAUUGGAUAAAUGUACUCGUCCAGGUGUUAUUAGAUGAUGAUCAGUCUUUGUAUUCACAGGAAUCUUCGUUUACGAGAACUCCAGUGGAACCUGUGGCUUCACAGUUGAACGCUUCGUUGGAAUCACCAGCAAAGACCACCAGUUCACAGGGCGAGACUGAUGAUGAGAAGGAGUUGAAGAAGAACAAAAAGAGAAGCUUCUUCCCAUUCCACAAGAAGAGUAUCAGUGAAGAUCUUGCUGAUAGAACACAAAAUAUGCAUAUUCCAACACACCAAGACGUGAAUAUUGAAGACACUCUUGAUGAGAUGAACCUUGGAGAGGUUCAGAAGAGCAUUUUCAAAUGUGAAUUGAGCCAUGUGUUUGCAUUAUCGCAUCAAAAGAUUUACGGCGUUGAGAUCCCUAGCGUACUCUACCGAUGUUUGCAGUUUUUAAUUUAUAAAGCUGCAAGCAGCGAAGAAGGCAUCUUCCGUCUCAGUGGUUCUUCACUCUUGAUCAGACAGUUGAGAGAACGCUUUGAUAAGGAUUACGACGUUGAUUUACAGAGCCUAGAUCCUGUUCCUGAUAUUAACACAAUAGCCGGAUUACUCAAGCUUUGGCUCCGUGAACUACCAUCAAAUAUCCUGACCAAAGAACUUUAUCAAGAUUUCAAGGAAACCACAGUUAAAAGAUCACCAGAGGAUACUGCAAGAGACUUUUCACAACUUGUUAAGAAGUUACCAAAGGUCAACCAUGACGUGCUAUAUGCCUUGUUCAAGUUUUUGAACGAGGUGAUCCGUAACAAGGAUUUGAAUAAGAUGAACCUGAAGAAUCUGUGCAUUGUUUUCUCCCCAACGUUGAACGUUGCAGGAGAGAUUCUUGUUCCUUUACUCGUGGAUUUCAAGUGUGUGUUUGAAGGUGGUGAACCUGUAAGCGAAAGUGAGCGAGACGUUUUGGAUUUGAGCAUACCAACGUUUUGAAAGGACGUUUCCUCCUUCAAAAUCGCAUCCCAUAACGGUAACCGUACAUCGAGAUGCCCUGAAUAUACAUAAUGUGAUAUACUCAAAGCCUUGUAGGAAGUCCAGCCAACGUUAUCUGUACGGCCAUCUAACAGAUUCUACACAAAUGUUUGCCAUAAAAGUUAUUCCAAAUGCCC